AAGUCUCUCCCAUCUGAAACUUGGGUUCCCGCAAUCCGGUGAGCUCCAGCACAAUGCCGUCAACUCGUUGUGCUCAUCAGAUGAGCACAAAGAAGAAAGCGGAGAGAGUGGAUAAUAUGAUUGCAUUCCUCAAAUCGGCAGUUCAGGCACAAAAAGAAAAAGGAGCACAAGCUGAGCAGGCACCGGGAAAUGCAAUGAUGACAUCAAAACUUCUGGAAAUAUGGUCAGUUCCUCAAUCAACAAUCACUGAAAUGCGCCUUCUUCUGACUUUGGGAGCUGAUCCAACACCACUUUUCAAGGAUGAUUUUGGAGAGAAAACACUGGCAGAUCGGAUUGACAAUGGGAGUGUUUGUGAAGAAUGCGCUGUGAAAUUUAAAUCAUUCCUCGAGUUUUCUGGAGUCAUUUUUGAGGAGAUGUACGAGAGAACACCCAUUCAAAUAAAUCGAUCAAAAAAGGUUGAUGGAGUUAUGGCAUUGUGUCUUGAUGGUGGAGGAAUGAGGGGAUUGGUUUCAGUGGUAUGCCUUCUAUAUGCCUCUCGAAGGCUUCUUGGUGAUGAAACACUUCCGAAUCUUUUUGAUUGGUUUAUUGGAACAUCAACAGGAAGUAUGCUAGCUCUCUCAAUGGUCAAUAAGAUAUCAAUAAGUGAAUGUUUUUUCCAAUACUGGGAUAUGAAAAGUCAAAUUUUUCUUCGUGGAAGUACUGUAAAACGACUGCUUGGAGAUCAAGUAGCUGUUCAAACUAAGAAUAUCGAUAAAGUAUUGGGAGAUUGCUUCCCAACUCAAACUCUCCAAGAAUGCCCAACUCGUCUCACUAUCCCUGCAUUGGACAUAAGCACAGCUCCAGCAAGACUUCAUGUCUUCAGAAAUUAUUCAUUCACAAAACCAUUUGGAGCACCGUUGAAUGAGGAUCAAGAUGUUUUAUUCAGAGAAGCUGCAAGAGCAAGCAGUGCUGCUCCAACAUAUUUUGAACCUUUCAUAUAUGGAAACAAAGUGUUGGUUGAUGGAAGUUUUGUUGCCAAUUAUCCACUGAAUGUAUUAUUCAAAGAAUAUGAUAGUUUCUCGAAACAUCAACAACCGAUCCAUCUUGCCGGUGUUCUUUCAAUUGGAACUGGUGAACCAGCACUCGCAGAAAGAAAAUAUAAAAGUGGGAAGAGUAUAAGAGCAAAGGCAAUGAAUAUUGGACAUCUUUCAACUCUUAUUUUGGAACAAGUAGUUGGUCAAGAUUUGACAGCUGUAGAGAUGGCGCAGGAUAGAUGUCAUGCUCACAAUAUUCCAUUCAAUCGAUUGAGUCCGAAGGGAAUUUCAGUUCGGAUUGAUCAAAUUGAUGAUUCAAAAUUGAUGGAUAUGAUAUGGACAACACUUAUUUAUUUGACCGAAAACGUCCAUGAGAUCGACCAACUUGGUGAAAUGAUCUACAAAUUGAAAUCGGAUCCAACAGAGCGGAAGCGUAGAAGCAAUACGGUUCUCUAAAUUGAAAAAUACAGAAAUUGUUUCAUUUGAAUUUAUUCAUAUUUUGUUUUAUUCUAGUCAUUCCCACCAUCUCUGUCAAUGCAUGUAAAUUAGAAGAUUAACACUUUUAUUGUGAAUAGUUGUUUUAUUUCCGUUUCAAGCUGAAUACUUUUCUGGCGCAUUUUCAAUAAUUUAUAAUCAUUUUUUGAUUUUCUGCGACGUCUAGAUGACUUUCCAGUUCCCAUUUAAAAACGGGCAUUCUCUUCCCAAAAAAGGCACACUUUGCUCCUCUCAUUUUAUUCGUUUCUAGUCUCAUCUUUCACUGAAAAUUCAUCUAAAGUUUUCUCGGGUUCUUAUAUCAGUUCCCUUAACACUGUCCACUCAUCCUUUCCCAUCCCAUUUUUAUCACUUUUUUUCGUCAGAAACUCGAUGUGAUUUAUUUGGUUUUCCUUGUGUUCCUCCCUGUGAAAAUUUAAUUUUUCGUUUUUGUGUAUUUGUUCCUUGAUGAAAUAUAAUUAUGCUGAUUUUGAAGAAAUAUUUAAAAAAAAACAAUUAUUAUCUCUUG